GGUCAACUCAACAUAAUUACACAUCAUGAAUGAAUUAUCGGAACAAGUUUCGUGCAAGAAAGUGAAUUAACAUUUUACAAACGUGCCGUGUGAGAGUGAAUGUGAAACUGUUAUUGCGCAAUGCAAAAAUUCUUCGGAGAUGAUGGAUAUUUAUAAUUUGACUGAUUAGUGCCUUACUCUUCUUAUUUGCGGACUGAUUUUCUGUGCUCUUUCUUAGUAGUGACAGUUAAGUAACGAACCGAGACGAUCAAGAGAUGAGCCCAAAGGAAAAUGCCUAAGGAACGUUCAAGGGAUGACAGCUGUAACGCUAUAGCUCGGCUCAUUAAAGACUUCUGUAGUUGCUCGGAGAACGGCGCGUGGUCUCCUGACAUGACGUCAGAUAAGCGCAAAGAUCCGCUUCUGAAAAGCGAGCUGACGAACAUGUCAGCAAUGAAAAGGAGGAUCAUGACGAUAGCGAAGCGAAAAAGCAGGGAACUACCGCCGGAGCCGAGCAAACUGAACUACGACAAUGCUCUUCUUGAAAAGAAAUCUGAAACGCUAACUUCAAACUUGAUCAACGCGACUGUGAGUUCCGAGAGCAGCACGCUCCGACGGAACAUCGACAAUUUUCUGCUCUCUAGAAGAAUGUUUGCGCUGGAAGAAGAUAUCUAUGAGAAGCCUAUCCAAUGCACUUUCAAAAACUCCUCGUACGGGGAGAACUGGUCAUUAAGUAAGGCGUGGAAGAACAACCACAGUGACUUCUUCCACCGUUCUCCACUUUUAGAUAAUGAUAGAUUAGUAGACCGUAGUUAUACUCAUUUGGAGCGGAUAGACGAAGUUCCGCGGAAGAAGAAACGGGAUAAGAAAUUGAAGGAGCAAAUUCGUUAUGAUAGGAAUAUAAAGCGUCACAUUCGUAUUCGUGUGAUGCUGUCUUUGAGGAUGAGAAGAUAUAUGAAGAGGAGGUUGAGGAAGCCAUUGCAGUUGGCUCAGAACGUGAAUGUGCCUCCGAGGAGGUUUCCCAGAGGGUCGUCUUUGACGUCUAGUUUUGGAACGCGGUCGUACAAAAGCGUUUUGACGGACAAGUUGGGGGAUGGUGCUGUGCUGUUCGAUGUGCACGAAGCAAGGAAUUCCACGAUGGAGUUGUGCCACGACUAUGAGGAAGACCUCGACACGCUAGAGAUUGCUUUACGCGCCGGCAAUUUUAGGAGCGGCCGCCUAGCUGUCGAGGGGUGGUGGUGCGGGCGGGCCAUGCCGGCGGGCGGGCGCGCCAACAACGGCGCGCUCGCGCUACACUACGCGGCCGCGCGAGGCUGCCUCGACUGCGUGCGACUGCUGGCCAACACCACGCCUGAUGUCUCGUGAGUAGCUAG